UCUCCUUCAUACGUUCAUAUCCCUCCUCUUCAUGACGUCACGCCUGUCUGUUGUGCUAGAGAGUCGCUCUCGCCUACGAUUCAAUGUAGUGUAGACGUCUUGCCCGGAUCCAGCUGUCACUAGUCUCUCCAGGAAUGAGAAGCGAUGGCCGGUUCUGCCAACGAGGAGAAAACCUUCAAGAGGUUCUUGGAGCUGUUCUUGCGGGAGAUGAGGCCACCUCUCCACGAGGACGUACCCCUACCUAUGCGCCCCUUGACGGAUCUCAUCUCGGAGGACGAGGUGGAAGGGGAAUGCCUCGACCUCUGUCUCCAGCACCUGUGUAAAUAUAAUUGCCCUUUCUCCUUGGCAUCAGCCCUGGCCCGUGGUACAGCUGAUUGUAUCCUUCAAAGUGAUCUCUCCAUGUACCAUCUCAACAAGUGUGUGGAGGACGAAAAAGACACGCUGCCUCAGAUUGAGUCGGUGAAGCUAGCACGGUUGGUUUUUAAUAAGCUGUGCGAGACGUGCUGUCAUUGGCUCAAAGAGUUCCCUUAUCGCCGCCGCCACUUGCCGUACUACGAGACCUCCAUCCACGCCAUUAAAAACAUGCGCCGUAAGAUGGAGGACAAACAUGUCGUCAUUCCUGAUUUCAACACGCUUUUCAAUCUGCAGGAUCAGGAAGACCAGGCAUUUUUUGCCGUGUUUGAUGGUCAUGGCGGGGUGGACGCUGCCAUCUAUGCUGCCAAUCACCUGCAUGUUAACCUUGUCAGACAGGAGAUGUUCAGCAAGGACCCGGGAGAGGCCCUUUGUCACGCCUUCAAAUUGACAGAUGAGCGAUUUGUACAGAAGGCCGCACGUGAGACCCUACGCUGUGGCACCACAGGGGUCGUGACCUUUCUGAGGGGACGCACACUGCACGUGGCCUGGCUGGGUGACUCACAAGUCAUGAUGGUGCGGAGAGGUCAACCGGUGGAGCUGAUGAAACCACACAAACCAGACAGAGAGGAUGAGAAAAAGAGGAUUGAGGCUCUGGGUGGGUGUGUGAUCUGGUUUGGCACAUGGAGGGUCAACGGCAGCCUGUCCGUCUCAAGAGCCAUCGGUGAUUCAGAACACAAGCCCUAUAUCUGUGGUGAUGCUGACUACACCACCUUAAACCUGGACGGUAGUGAGGACUACUUGAUCCUGGCCUGUGAUGGCUUCUAUGACACCGUGAGUCCAGAGGAAGCAGUGCGGGUGGUCUGUGACCACUUGCAGGAGAACAACGGCGACACUGCUAUGGUGGCCCACAAACUAGUGGCCUCAGCCCGAGAUGCAGGGUCCAGCGAUAACAUCACAGUAAUUGUGGUGUUCCUUAGGGACCCCCGUUUGCCCCCACCAUCAGAGGAACCGGAGGAGGAACUAGAAGAGGAACCUGUGGAAGAUCCAGCAGAAGAGGAGGAAGUAGAUGCCUUGCAGAGUGAACUGGUGUGUCAAGAUGGAGGGGCAGAGAAUGGAGGAAAGAAUCGGAGCGGCUGGCCACUCCAGCAAUGUUCGGCGCCAGCUGACCUGGCCUACGAAGACCGCAUGGAUUCGUUUACGGACAGAACAAGUCUGAGCAUCACAGGGCCAGACCUGUGGGCAGAGACUGGCUGCUUCAGGCUCCCAGCUUCGUCAAGCCUUCCCCCGACCAGAGCCAUCGCGCCGGACCUCAUACCCCCCUACGGCGGUGCUGGCGCAGCCUGGCGCCCUUGCCAAGAGGAGGGCCUUUCUGGGUUCAGGCAAAAGCCCCAGCCUAAACCUUGGGUUCCUUCCUACACGCAGUCCAGCUCCGAUGGACAGUUACUGGAGGUGGCUGCGCUCUUUCCCCAGGAAGGACGGAGGAAGAGGCGGCUGGAGGUUAUGCCACUACGGAGGGAGUCACAGCGCCUGAUCCGGAAGACCAGGGAAAGCCAUGGCCCUCUGAGCUGCUUCCCUAGCGUGCCCUAUCCUCUCCGGUCCCCAGAGAGGAAGCCUGGGAUAGCCUUUCCCCAUGUAACCCACAGUUACACAGUUCACAAGGGUCUAAUCAACAACUUCCUCUCCCAUCAUACUGCCCUCCAUCUCUAAGGCUUAAACACACUCAUAUUACACAACACAAGCUGAGGGAACAGUAGGCAGACACACACACGCUCUGUUCCAAAACCUAGGGAACUGCCUCCAUAGGAAGCAUUUUAAGGCAUUGUUCCUGACAUGGAUCCCUUCAAAUUCCAAAAUGCAUUGUGAUUAGCUCAGUAAAACAUAAUUCAUUCAAUGCAGAAAAGUAUUAAUAAAGAUAGUUAAGUUAGGAUGCUACCUAUGUAGGCAGUAGGAGCUUACUAGGUUUUGGAACUGAGCCACAUAUUCAAACACACACAAACAGAUAGUACAUUGCUGUAACGCUUCCCCUCUCAUCUUAUAUGAGCCAGCCUACCAGAUUUCUUCAUCACUCUCAGCCAGCUUCCUCAUCCUCAUAACCCUCUAUCUGCUCCAGUUUUAUUUGUGUAUGUGUGUAUGUGCAGAAGGGAAAACAGAGUUGUGUAAACACAGUCCUAACACUUUUCUCUGUGUACCCAUACACGCGCGCAUACAGUAGUUCAAAUGUCACACUCAGUGUAAUAACUUUUAUCAAGCAGAUGAUUGCAGUCAGCGGGAAAAUGACUGAAUUUCAGUGCUUAUAUCUAACUGAUAUCUGAGGCAAGAGACAUGAUACAGCUUUUGUUUGCUAAAGCCCUUUUUUAAUGUUCAGACACUAUAUAUCAGAAUUUAUUUUAGGUUUUUAGGUUUUUUUCUGAAGCUUGUACUUGCUGUAUGAAUUGGUAAGGUAAAAAGAUGUAUUUUUGAAAUUGCAGUUUAAGAGUUAUGACCUUACUGUGGUGAGUCAUUGAUUAGUGAGUGGCAGCCAUUAUAUGCGUUUUUCUCUGUUUUUUGUAACUUUUACAUUUUUAACCCAAAACUGACUGGUUUUGGUAGCUUCCAUGGCAAAAUCAGUUUUUUUCAAACAUUCGAUGAUGCUAGCUAGAAAUAACAUAAUAUUACUGUCAGACAACAUCCGUUGCAUUACUAAUGAUCGCCUAGGUUCUGCUGUUACAGUUUGAGGGAGAGAAAGGUUUAUAUAGUUGUCUUAGUAGAUGAGCUAUUAGACAUAUCAGAUCAAAUUUAAAUAGAGUACAUGGUCUGUACAUAUUCCAUUAAUAUUCAGUUUUCAAAACCAAAGAAUGAUGGAAAUGACAGAGUAUUUAUCAGGAGGCACAAUACCAUCCCUAGAAAGGAUAUGUGUUCUAUUUCAAGUGGUACAUCUACAGAGUUAUGCUCUUCAAAGAUUUCAGGGAAAAUUAGUCUGAGAAAUUGAUCAUAAUGAGUUCAAAAACAAAGCUUUAGGGCCACAUAUCUCAAAUCUUGACAAUGGCUACUACUGAGCUGUUUAAUUAAACUAAGAUUUGUUUAACUAAACUUGUAUGGGAUAUGAAAAUAGCUCUAAAGGAAUAAAGAGGGCAGGAAAUCUCUUUAUGGUUGCAUUUGAAGUGGCCUUGAGGUGUUGAGGACAUAAAUAGUGUAGUUCAAGCAGCUCAGUGUAUGCCUGUUUUCUUCAACAGUUUCUUCCGCAUUUUCUUCCCUAUGUUUGACAGAAUGGGAAGUAAAUACAGUAAAUCUGAUCACUCUUCCACUAGUCUCUUUAUUGGGAUUCAUAUUUAUUUGGAUACUCUUUACUGGAAGCUUGUGAUUUUUCAGCCACCUCAAAUGGUAGUAGUACUUAAUCUCUAGAAUAAAAUUCAAAUAAAAAUUUAAAGGAGCAUAGCGAGGGACUCAUCUAGUUUUUCUAAUAAAAUAAAAAAAGUGUUAUCUGUCUCUCAGUCACUGAUAUCAUGGCAUCAUGAUGUAUAGAAGUAAAAUGCCUUGGAAAUUCAGUAAGGAACAAUUAGCUUGAAGGAAUGUUCCGAGUUAAAUACAACUUAAGCUCUAGCAAUUAAUAUCUGUUGAUUUUGACAAAAAAGUUGACUCAGAAAUGUGUUCACAGUAAUGCAAUGACAGUCACAACCUAGCACGCAAGUGGGUAGCACUUAAUAAAUGUUUCAAAUAUGCAACUAUCACACGGUUUCGAAAGUUUAACCAUAACACUUAAGUGAUAGAAUCAUGGUUUUGAAAGUUUAACCAUAACACUUAAGUGAUAGAAUCACUUACAAAUAUUGUCUGUGCAAAGUUAUAUCCAGUCUUUGAACUCGUGUCAUGACCAGCUUACUUUCGCUUGGUAUCGGUAACUCGUAACCAGAGGUUUUUCCAACUAGAAAAGAAGUCCCACAUCAAAAGGAUGGUUUCGAUAACAUUACAGCUCAAAUAACAAACAUUUCAAGUGCUUUAACAAAAUUACAAGCUUUACAUUUCUGCUUUCAAACCUGCUGGUCCACUUGAUGGCUAGGCUUCCAUUAUAAAUGAAUUAUUGUAAACAUGUUUUUUGUUCAUUUUAAGUCAAAAUUAUGCUGCACAUACAAAUUGUAUUUAACCCGGAAUGUUCCUUUAACCCAUACAAUGUUUAUUCACAAAGAUUACAAGCAUCUCCCCUUCUCACCAAAGUCAUACGCUUGUGUUUAUACUCUGAACGUAUAAUGAUGUCAUAAUUGCAUAUCACAAACUACUUCAGCCAUGAUGCCAUUGAGAGGUUCUGAUCAAGAUAGCUGUGCUGGCCUGGUCCGUGACACAAACCACACGUUCUUCUGACUGCUAAUGCUGCAAACCCUUUAUUCUUUCCCUCUUCCAACUAUAACUAGAGGAAUGACUUGUGCCAUUGCUACCGUGCCAUUGCACUGAUCAGUUUCCUUGUAUUUCUUUCUAUUUUUGGUGGAGGUAAGCUUCAAUCCCACAAGUUCAUUUUGUUUACCAAGACCCUCCUAAAAUAUAUCUGACACCAGUGUCCUCUAAUAAUCCUCUCUUCUCAGAAAGGGGCUUGAAUCUGAUCUUGCAUCAGUGACCUAGGUAAAAGUAGAGAAGUUUAACUGCUGUAGUGCAUCUUAACUGGUUCAGAAUGUAAAUCCAGAUGCAGAAUGUAAGUGGAAAGUUAGUUCUUCAUGGAUAAUCAAUGAAAUAUUUAGCCCACGUUAAAGAUGCCCAGACUGUCUGGAAUGUAUGUGAUUCUUUUCACAAACCACCAUCCAUUUUUAACGCGGUUUUAAACCCUUGUAAAUGUUUUCAACAAUUCGGAGCAUGUUGAAAAUGUCACCAGCUGCCCUGCCGACUGUAUCAUGCCUCAUAAAUCCGAGGUCUGCAGAAGGAGAGGAAAAUCUUGCCCCAAGGCUUUCUAGAUGGAUUGAUGGCAAAAGAUUGUCCCUGUCCCAAAAGGUACCCUCAACCCUCGUUGUCCUCUUGGAGUCUACACUUCAUCGCAUGAACUAGGUUACUGUCUGCUGUGAAAUCCAGUGUGAGCUUAACAACAUAGCAGCUGCAAUGAUGAAAUGGGACCCUCUACAGUCAAGUGGACUGCAUGGAUGCACACAAGUGAAGGCCACUAAACCAUAAGUCCAUCAAGUCUGCCAUUUUGGACAGGGCCAUUGAUGACUGAUUGAGUGCAGCUCUCAGGACAUGGACCUUACAAAGAAGCUGCACUCUAAAUGAUGUGUGCUGUCUAGAUUCAGAGAUAACCUUCCCCUUUCACCCUCACCAUCAUGUACAAUCACUCCCUACAUCCCUCUAGCACCUAAAAUGGGGCACAAAUUAUAUAUUGGAAGUGUAGUAACUUACAUAUAUUGUAUACCUUUACGUACGUAUGUGCGUUUUAAGAGUGUGCAUGGGUGCGCGUAACAUUUGGGAUAUGUAUGUGAUGUCUGUCUUAUAAAUGUGCUAUUUUGUUUCACCACUGAUAACACUAUAAUGCUUUUCAGUAACCCUCGCCCCGCUUCCUUCUCUGCACACUAAAGAACGUACUUGAAGGAUCAAGGGAAGCACGCAAGUCUAACAGAUGCAACAUUUGUCGUCUGUUAUACAGGCUCUCAAGUAGUUGUAUUCAUUAAGUACCAAUGGUGCAAGUGUUCAUGAGAUUGCCAAGUCAAAGACCAAAGUUCCAGAUGGUUCAUUUCAGUGGUCGAGUACACGACGCCCUCAAAAGAACAUCUCUUUUUGUCUUCAUGUACUCUUGAGCCUUGGCCCCUAUGGAUUAUUAGACAUAGUGUUUCCCAUUUUAGUGAUAGUCGCAAGAACCGUGUCAGGCGUGCACUCUACCUUUCAUGACGGUUAGCCCUCCUCACAUGAUGUCACUGCUUUUUGUCCAUGAACUUUUCAGUACUGUUUUUUCUGCUAGCAAUAAUGAACCUACGCAAGCCAUGAGUGAAGAGAGCUCUUUCAAAUGGCUCAUCUUCUCUAAAGCAAAGCUGAGGAAGUGUUUAAAGUAAACUAUGGG